AUGUUCAAGAAUUCACUCUUUAGUUCCUUGAUGGUUGCACUCAUCAGUCUUAGUCUCACAGUCUUAUCUGCCACCGUCGAAAAAUCCCCCUCGGCAAAGCAUCAGGUAGAAUGCACUCGCCGCUGGUCAACUGUAGACUCGUUCAAGAAUCAAUACCUCGUUGCAUGUGACGAUGAAAAUUCAAACACCUGCGACGCCAGAACUUGCCACAUGGGUGGUUCAACUGGUACCGCUGAUAGUAAUCGUGUCAGCAUGGAGCUAUUCUUUGACCAAUGUGCCAAGAUUGAUCGCGAUGGCAAGGAACUCACGGGUCCUGAUUACCGAAUUUUCCCCAGAGCAUACGAAGUCAGCCGCCGAAACAAGAGUAUCAUAGGUAGGUCCUGGGCGAGUUCAGCUCGUUACAUCAUCGGACUUACCUCGUCGCUGACCUGCGUGAACCUACUAGCUUUUGGCUUUGCACAAAGUGAACCAAUUGAGAAAGACACGUUUUUCAAAUGUGCCUGGAACCAGGCCUCUGCGCUGAACCUCCGCAGAGUUUGGUGCGAUUCCUGCUCCCUCCAUGAGUAG